AUGGCUGCCAAGGCCCGCGCUGCUUUCCCUGCGGCCCUGCUUUUGAUGAUGGCAGUCAUGCUCUUCCGGAGCCUGACGUUCGUCUCCCCGACGCCAGCAUUCCGCACGCAGCGAGUGGUGGCUGUCCUGCGACAGGCGGAGGCCACGGCGGAGACUGCGGGAAAGGUGGCGGAGGUCAUCGCUGAGCAGCUCGGCGUGGACAAGGAGAAGGUCACCCGUGAGGCGACGUUGUCUGAGCUUGGCGCAGACUCGCUGGACAUCGUCGAGUCUGUGAUGGCCCUGGAGGAGGCCUUCGACAUGGAGCUCCCUGACGAGGAGACCACCACGUUGAAGAACGUCGGCGAUGUCAUGGAUCUGAUCCAGAGCAAGCUCUAA